GACAAGUGUACUCGAAUCUUUAUACACAUUAUUCACUUUAAAAACGCUGUUGAAAGUGGCUCAAACAUGCGACUGUGGUUCCUAACAAUGGCGAUGUGGGCGACAAAUUGCAGAUAUAUAAAAGAAAUCUGUUCCUGUAAUGUAACCCUGUCAGCAAAAACGAAUCUGAUUGAUCUGGGAUCUCGUAUUUCUCUGACAUGUCAAGUGUGUCCUUCAACAGUUGCAAUAGAUUUUAGACACAAUGGUUCACAUGUAGCGUACUAUGUAUUUGGAGAAUUAAGUGUAGUAAACAAUAGUUUGUACAGCGUAACAUACGAUACUGAGACUGGAAUGUUCAAUUUGACAAUUAUAAAUUUUACACAUUCAUCUGUUGGCAAUUAUUCGUGUUCGAUCUCUUACACAACGAACAUGUCAUCGCUGACUUUGGUACUCUCAGUUCCAGUGACAUUUGUAACAUUGAUUCCUGCCAUACCGACGAUUUCCGUGUUACAAAAAGUCCCCAUCAGCGUCAUUAAAUGCAUAUCCUCAGCUGGCCGCCCAACACCAGCCAUUACUUGGUAUUUAGAUAAAAACACUCCGUCGGAUAACACCAAUGAUGUAAAUAUUACAGCAACUAGUAGUAGUCAAACAACAGGAGACGUAACGACGAGUACUCUUACAAUUACAGCUACAGUGGAAGAUCAUGGUUCAAGUAUUUAUUGCAGAGUCUCAAACGGAUACGGACACAUCAUAUCAAACGCGAGGCUCAAUAUCAAUGUGUUGGUUGUUCCAUCAAGGCCGACCAUUCUACACAAAUCAGUUAUUAUCGGCGACAACAUUUCCGUAACACUCAACAGUACUGCGUCGCUGGAAUGCAACUCCUCUGGAAAUCCAACGCCAAACAUAUCAUGGCUCUUAUCGAAUGGUUCCGUAAUUAACAACACAUUAAUUGAACUUAAAUGGGAUAAUAGAGUAAACACAGACAUGAUCACAUGCAGGGCCUCAAAUGUUAUGAAGCCAACCUAUGGAACUACACAAACACGCUCUAAUACCACUGCUUUAUGGAUUAACAUUUUAUAUUCACCGUUACCCCCAACCUGUUCAAUCGGAGAUAAGAUAAUAACAGUAAAUACUAUUCGGGCAAUUACAAAUGAACCAAUGAAUAUGUAUUGUACAAGUAAGAGUAGCCCCCCUCCCACGAGCUAUUCAUGGACACUGCCAGGCGGAAUAAAACAAGAUGGACAACAACUUACAAUACCAAUCGUAUUGUCAAACGGUCAUUUCACACUUGAUGUUAAUAAUAUUAUGAACUCAACAUUGCUACCACAAGUUAUUACUGGGCAUGUCAAUGUCAUAUUUACACUUGACAUAUUAUUUCCGGUGACCGUACAUAAUAUAGAGAAUAAAACCGUUUUGAGAAACCAGGCUUUAUCUGCCACGUGCCCUUACACACUUGGAAAUCCCCCUGAGACGAAUUUUACAUGGACACACGUCAAUACAUAUCGUGUUGUUGGACGACAACAAAGCCUUUCGUUGACAAACAUUCAGACCACUGACGAGGGCUUUUAUAAAUGCAGAGUAAACAACACAAUGACACCCACAGGAUGUUGUGCACUACCGGCAUACGAUGAAACGAUAUUUUAUGUUGAUGUACAAUACGCCGCCGAGAUAACGAGGUUUUAUGCUAGCGGAUUUGAGAAUUCGCAAAUUAUUACUGUAAACGAAAAUGAAACGGUACUAUUAUACUGUGAUUCUGAAGGCGACCCUCUGCCUUCUAUGCUACUAAUAAAUAAUACUCGCGGUGAAAAUGAUUUACUGAGUGGAAAGUAUUACAACACAAUAUCCGCAUAUAUUCCUCAUGCACGAUGUGAAUAUGACAUGGGUAUCUACCAAUGCAGGGCGAACAACACGCACAAUAAAAUUCAGCAGGUUCGAGCGAUUGAGGUCAAGAUCAAAUGUGCACCGAGAUCUUCUCCGUUCAUGCCCCCGGCACCUAAAGUUAUGACGAAAAUUAACAGCAGUUUAAUUCUGACUUACACUAUCGUGGCGUAUCCUCCGCCAAGCACUUCAUCGGCAUUUGUUUGGCGGAAGAAAGUAAAUGAAGACUGGUUUGUUGUCAAUGAUUCGAGAAGACUUCAUAUACAAAUUUCUCAAAACAGACUUCAAACAAACCUUUCAAUAUUCCAAGUGCAGGCAGACGAUUUUACAAACUAUACGGUAAAAGUGAACAAUGAUAUUGGAACCACAGAACAGACAUUUGUUAUUCUAGUGAAUGAAGAGCCAGCUACACCAGAGCAAUUCCGUGUAUCUGAAGAUCCGGUCAAAGACAGUUCUGUUAUCGUUGAAUGGAAACCGGGAUUUAAUGGCGGGGAAAUUCAAUGGUUCGUUAUUGGAUAUAAACAAGAAACAGGAAAAAAAUGGACUUACAAAACUAUACUUGAUCAUAUCAUUCGAAUAGCGAUUGAAGGACUGGUUGCCGGAACCGCGUAUCAAUUCAAAAUGUAUGCAGAAAAUUCAGUUGGAAGAUCAGAUGAAACAAUUGUUUUAACAUUGGUUACGCGAGCCAAAGCUGAUAAUGGAUCAUCUUCACCUGUCGGAGCUGCAGUGGGAGGGGCUGUCGGUGGAACUCUUGUGAUAGUCAUCUGCAUUGUUCUUUGGAAAUGUAGGAACUCGAUUACGUUGAAAAGAAAUCCUGAUGCUGGUGCUCCUUACGAUGACUUAUUCAAAGGACAUACAAACGUGUCAGCUGUCAAUACCAGCUCCAAAUAUGAAGAGUACAGAAUCGAAUCCCAUCACAUAAACCAGUACGAAACAUUGGCUGAAACUUCGUUUCAUCAGUAUUCGGUCAUAUCAAGUGGCGACACAGAGGGGAUUAGUGUUCUUAACCGUGAAUCUGAAGCUUCAGAUAAUGAUUGUGCAGUGCGGAGAGAAGACAAAGUCUACGUUAAUUUAGUAUUAUCGAAGACUGAAAAUUAAACAAAGUAACGUAUGUUUCUUGCAUUUGUAAAAUUACUAAAUUGAACACGUGCAUAUAUAAUAUGAGAUGCUAGUUACAUACGUGUAUAUGUGAAAAGCGCAUUGGCAUGGGGGAUUAUGAUUGAUAUUUGAAUUGAUAGUGUUGAACACACGCACUAUUCAUAAUGAAACAUAUAAGCAGUUUUUAUAUGACGAUUGUCAUAUUGUAUGUGUAAUAUUAGAAUUCAGUCUUUUCUUACCAAUACACUUCAUUUGCCAUUAUUACGAAAAAAUAUAUGUGCACUUGCUAGCAUAUAUUGUGUGUCUUAUUUAUAUAAUAAAAUGUAGAAUACCACUUCGAUUCGAAAUUAAUACUAAAAAUUAUAUUCUGUGUUUAUUUGUAUAAUCUGUUUAUUACGUUUUUACUAAUUUAAGGCAAUUAUAUCAUUUCACCGAAAUUGACCUUCAUUUGCAUAAAGUGUCUAUUUCACGCGCAGGUUGAGCUUUUUUACGUUUAUUUUUAAAUUCAUCUACACAUUCU